AUGCUGGUAGGGCUAGCGAAUCUGGUGGUUUCCCUGUGGUACGUCUGGCCGGGGUGGCGGCCGGAGUGGUCCGAUUGCCCCAUAUUCGAAGACCUGCUGCCGAUCGUGCAGUGUGUGGCGUGGUUCGGCAUGUCCUGGUCGGUCAUGGAGGAGAAAAGACAAGGUGCCACGUGGCACUUCUUCACUCUCCGCCUCUGGUGGACCUCGGUGUUUCUCCUGAAUUCCUGGAGCGUGGUCUAUUCUCUCGUGCAGAUGCACAAGGGGGUGCGCCUCUCAGUAGAUGCAGCCCUUGGGAUCAUCGCCUGGCCCAUUUCCGCGUUUCUUUUCGCAGUGGCUUGCCAAAAGCCACCGCCUGUUCACCGGCCGAACGAACCUCUCACCGAGUCUCUUCUUUCCGGGCUGCCCGGAGUGGCCGACCAACCGACCGACCCAGGGGUCACCCCCUGGGAGCGGGCAGGCUGGUGGAACGUUCUCACCUUCCAGUGGAUCAACCCGCUUCUCGCCAAAGGGCACCAGAAACCUUUAGACCUGCCCGACAUUCCGUUCCUAGCAGACUGGGACACGGCAGAUGCUGCCCGAGAAGCUUUCUACCGCACGUGGGAUCGCAUCCGGCUCUACACGCCGCUCCAACAACCGUCCAUCGCAUGGACUCUCUGGCUCACCUACUGGCGAAAGUUCCUGGCAAUUGCGUUCUGGGCAGGGCUGGAAACGCUGCUACUGUACGUAGGCCCGUCGCUGCUGGCGGAAUUUGUGCGGGUGGUUGGGGGAGACGUGCCUGUGUUGACUUUUGACAGAGGGGGCUCUGCUGGUGGUGUCUGUGCUGCUGGGGUUGCUGCUGAUGCUGGUGGCAGCUGCAGCAGUAGCUCUGGCAGCUGGCAUGUUGAUGUGGCUGGGCCGUUAGCAGCGCUGGGGAUGGGCCUGACUGGGGCUUUGGGCCUGACGGGCCUGUUCAGCUCUGCUGCUUCUUCCUCUGCCUCCGCUGCUGCUUCUGCUGCUUCCUCCAACCUCACUGCCACUGCCCAAGCCAUCGCCUCUGCUGCUUCUGCUGCUUCUGCUGCUGCUGCUGCCGCCUCUUCUACUGCAGUCUUUGUCACUCAAACAGCAGCAGUGGCAGCAGCAGCAGCAGCAGCGGCAGCAGCAGCAGCGCCAGCCCCUAGCCCGGGUGCGCCCCCAGACGAGCCGUGGGAGCAGUGGGAGGGGUACUGGCUGUGCGGGGUGCUGCUGGGGUGCAAGCUGGUGGAGACAGUGGCACAGCACCAGUUCUACUUCCGCUCUGACAUCCUUGGGAUGAACGUGCGGGCGGCACUCACAGGCCAUGUGUUUGACAAGGCGCUCAGGCUGAGCAAUGCUGCACGGCACGCGCACCCCAUGGGGGAGAUCGUCAACUACAUGGCGCUGGAUGUGCAGCCCACUAGCACCACCACUACUGAUGCCAAGACAGGUGGUGAUAAGGCAGGUGGAGAUGAGGCAGGUGGUGAGAAGACAGGUGGUGAGAAGACAUGUGGUGAGACGACAGGUAGUGAGAAGGCAGGUGGUGAGAAGGCAGGUGGUGAGAAGGAAGGUGAUGAGAAGGCAGGUAAUGAGAAGACAAGUGGUGAUAAGACAGGUGAUGUUAAGGUGCUUUUCACCACCUACCUUCUCACUGCCUACCUUCUCAUUGCCUGCCUUCUCACUGCCUACCUUCUCACUGCCUGCCUUCUCACCGCCUGCCUCCUGACCAGCUGA